CUCCGCAGUCAGGUGACUAGAAUCAGCUGAUUCUCUGCAGACGGAACAUGGCCGACCGACCUCUCUAAAUACUGAACCGAUGAUGGGACGAGUGACAGCGAUAAGCUGCUCUUGACUUCUCUCACUGCUGGAAUCGUGAGAUUUUGAGGUGAAGGGAAACACUACAGAGGCUAUUUUAUCACAGUACAUAUAUAAGAGUAAACCAGCAUGUCUAAUUUUAUGGAGAAUGUCCCCAGUAAUCAUAAUGGGGAGACUGAGCAAGUGUGGGAAAGACCCUGGACGCUGGAAGAGAUGCAGAAAUCCGGCACAAACUGGUCACUGGCAGCAGAUUCAGGGUUGUUUCUUUUCCUGCAAGACUUUUCUCAGAGGAUGUUGUCCAAGACACAUGAGAUUGAGAAACAGUUGGAUGGUCUUAUCCAGGACACUAAAGCCACAGACAGCUGCCUACACACAGUGUUUAACGACUUCCUCAUGCUGUCCAACACACAGUUCAUUGAGAACAGGGUUUACGAUGAAGAGGUGGAAGACCCUGCACCAAAGCCAGAAACCAUGGAGAAACAGCCUGAACAGGAGAAGACAAGGGAACAGAAAGAAGCAGAACUAAUUCCCAAAGUCCAAGAGGCCGUCAACUAUGGUCUGAAGGUCCUGGAAUCUGCUUUCGAACAGUUGGACAUUAAAGCAGGAAACUCGGACUCUGAGGAUGAAGAGACUCUGGAAAAAGUAGAGCCCAUUUUGGAAGCAAAGGACCUGUAUGUGGACAGGCCUUUGCCGUACUUGAUUGGUUCCCAAGCAUUUAUGGAUCAGGAUGAUGUUGGCUUGGGCGAUCUAUCCAGUGAUGAAAUGUCUAUCGGGAGUGGCAGAGACAACGUCAUUGAGAGUGAUGUUGAAGAAGGUGAUGAGCAGUCAGAUGAAUACUCUGACCAGGAUGAGGAAGUCCAUGGCAACUUUAAGAAAAAGCCAUCUGUUGCUAGUUAUGAUGAUGCUGAUGAAGAGAAUGAAGAUGAAGAUUCUGACAUAUUUGGAGGCUCUGAUAAGGAUGAAGAUGAGCUCAAAAAGGAGGACACUGGUCUGCCAUCUUUUGCUGAUGAACUAGCAGCCAGAAUCAAGGGAGAGACUCCAAAUAAGCCAGAAGCAGAUCGCACAUCAUUGUCAUCAGGCCCAUCCAUCACCCAGAAGAAGAGUAAAACAAAGAAAGAGUCAAAACCUCAGGUGGAGGAUGAUCAGGAUGAGAUGUUCAAACCACCAAAAAUGGAAGAUGAGGAAUAUUCUCCAUUCGGUGGAAAGGGUGGACUUUUUAGUGGAGGCAAAGGCCUGUUUGAUGAUGACGAUGAGGGAGAUCUGUUUUCUGAUGCACCCAAAACCGAGCCGAUGGAAAAGGAAAAGACUGUAAUCCAGGCAACAGAGCCCCCUAAAACUAAGAAAAUACCCACUGGUGCUGUCUCCAUCUUUCCUGAAAACAAACUUUUUGGCUCACCAAAUGAUUCAGACUCACUAGAGAGCAAAGGCAGUAAGAGUCCAGUGAAGCCCAAAGUGCAGGCAGCUCCAAAGCGUGCCUCGGUGGGAGGUGGGCUGUUUGAUGAGGAUGACGAUGAUGAUGACUUCUUCAGUGGGAAGACGCCUAACAAAUCCACCCCUGGACAAGAGAAGCAAAUGCCAAAGAAGACUGUAGACCUGUUUGGAGAAGCUGAUGAGGAGGAGGAUGAUGAUGAAGCCAGUGCAGCUCUUCCCCAACAGGACAAAAGAGCCGAGGGGGAGGAGGAGACACGUCCUCCAGAGAAAAAGCCUCCUGUUGGUGCCAUUUCAAUGUUUGGGCCCGGCACUAAAAAUAUACUGGAGGGUCUGAAGAAACGCCGGCCUUCCACCAGUGAAGAGUCUGCCAAGUCUGAAGAGAGUGGACCUCCACCUGAAGCAGUCAAAUCUUCACCUGCACUGGGAGCAUCUGAGAAAACGCAUAGCAAGAGUCUGUUCUCAGACGAUGAAGACUCACAACUAUUCGCAAGUGAGACUGCAAGUAAAUCAAAGCCGGCAACUCGGAACAAACCCAGUAAAGCUCUGCUCUCAAUAUUUGAUGAUGAAGAAGAAGAGGACCUUUUUUCAUCAACACCAAAGUCCAAGUCAGAUCAGGUCAAAAAGACAUCUCUACAACCCAAGAAACCUGUAUCCAGUUCACUCUUCAGCGAUGAUGAGGAUCAGUGGAUGAGCUCCAAGCCCAGCAGAGAGAGCCCGGAAGUGAAGUCCAGCGGGAUGAAGUCGAGUGUUAGCGCCCCCUCUAGGCUACCCAGUGUCAAAGCACCACAAAAAGACGGCCUGUUUGAUGAUGACGAUGAUUUGUUUGCAGCCACAAAUGAGUCAAGUAAGAAGUCAUCUCAGAGAGUAUCUCUCCUGUUUGAGAAUGAAGAUGAUGAUGAUGAGGACAAAGAACGUCUUUUUGGCUUUAAAACACCUGCAAAUAAAGCUCCUUCUGAAGCGAAGGUUUCUGGUGCUCCCUCUCUGUUUGAAUCUACGGAGGAGGAGAAUGCACCUAAUGUAGCAAAAGACAAAAUAGCAGAGGAGAAGAAGCCCGUGGAAUCCAUUCCACCCUCUGAAGACAGCACUGACAGUAAGAAGAAGCCAGUAGGAGCAGUAAGCCUUUUUGGUGGGAUUGAUGUAUUAGCAGACAAGCAAGACACAAGUAAAAAACAUACUAAGAAUCAAGAAGAGAUUGCUGAUGGUGACAAGCUGCAAAAGGAGGGCCCUCCACCCAUGGAGAGUAAGGGGACCAAGGCCAAGAAAACAGCACUGAGUCUUUUUGAUAAUGAUGAUGAUGAUGACAGUGAUGAUGAAGAUAUGAACACUGAUGAAAUAAUUCCUGCCCCUAAAACACCCAAAUCCACAGAAAAGAAUGCACUAAAGGAUCAUGGGCCCCAAAUGAAGAGCACUGGUGUGUUCCAAGAUGAGGAACUACUUUUCAGUCACACGCAACAGAGGGACAACGAUCCUGAUGUAGACCUUUUUGCCACUUCUCCUAAACCAUCUGUGCCGUCUCCGAGCUCUGUAAAACCAGUUGUCCCCACACUGUUCGGGGAUGAUGAAGACAAUGACCUCUUCAGUUCAGCAAAGCCUAAAGCUCCUCCGAAAGUACCUGAGAAGCCCAGCAAGCCUAAAACAAAUGAAAUGGACAAAUCAACACUGACCUCAAGCAAGGAACCUACAAGCCCUCUAAAAUCUAAAAAAACCUCCUCAAGGAUUGGAGAACUUCAAACUAGCUUAGUUGUCAACCCUGCCAGCCUUCUGCCAGGCGCAGUGCUACGGAUUCCAGGAGCUGUCAGCGUAAUCCCUGGCCUGGUGCCCACUUCCCUCCCUGCAGCUGCCAAGCCGCUGCCAGCUACCGAUACGAUCCCUGAUCAUCAGCCCUCCAGUGAGGGAGGGGUGAGCUUCGACUCGGCCGCUCAGGUCAGCACGCUACAGAAUGCUAACAAGGGUCGGGCUAAAGGCGCAGUGCGACGGCGACCGCAGACAAGGGCAGCAAGACAACUUGCAGCACAGCAAUCUGAGGAAGCUGUUGGAGAAAGCACCUCUAUACAAGCUGAUGAGCCAGUUAUGGCUGCUUCUCUCCCUACCUUUAACCCCGUUUCAGUGCGACCCUCAGCGCUCACUAUACCUGUCAGCACCCCUGCUCCUGCCAAGAGCCCCGAUGAAGCAGUCAGGCCAAAGAGAUUUCUCGAUUCUGGAGAUGAUCUGUUUGAUUCAGAUCUCUUUGCCACAAAGCCUGUUCCCUCCUCAAAACACAAAGCAAAGACCCCUGAGGAAGGCCAUAAGAAAGCCUCCAAGACAGAGGCCGUCAUAGCUUCAAAGAAAGACCAGGCCUCGUCUAUUUUUGACAGCCAUGAGGAUGAUCUUUUUGCCACAGUGAAACAGAAGAAUGUCCAGAAAGGCAAACAAAUGUCCUUCCUAGAAGAUGAUGAUGAUGAUAUUUUUGGAGCAGGAAAGAGUAAAAGUGCAGAUAGUAAAAACUCCAAAGCAGAAGCCAGCUCUGCAAAACCAGACAUUUUCCAGGAUGACGUGAAAGAACCUCCCAAGGCCCAGAAGAAGCCCGAGGAAGUGUCAUUGGAUGCAAGUUUGUUUGAUGAUGAUGUUGAUAUUUUUGCUGACUUGACUGGCACCACAAAGCCAAAGGAGAAGAAAGCAAAGAAGAAAUUGGAGACAAAAUCUAUAUUCGACGAUGACAUGGAUGAUAUCUUCUCGACUGGGGCUACGAAACCAACAGUGAAGCCGUCCUCCAAAUCUAAGAAGAACCAGCCUGCCCAGGAUCCUGUAUCAUCUGUGGAAACGGGCAGCAAUAUUUUUGAUGAUCCCUUGAACGCGUUUGGGGGAAACUGAGUCUCCUACAUAACAGCAUUUUGUUUAACUUUGUAGCGAUAUUCAUGGCCUAAAUGAAGGUAGAUGUAAUCUAACACUGUUCAUAAUUUAAACUCUAAUAGGUAACUUUAAAAAAAAAAAAAUAGACAGGAAAAAAGAAGAUUGUAAAUCUAUUUACCUCUAAUGCCAUCUGUGAAGUCAUCUGCUUGGUAAAAAAUGUAGCGGUCAUCAAAUGGCAUUGACAUUUGCAACGGUUAUGUGUCUUUUAUUAGCACUUUAAACAUGAAAAUUGUCUGGUAAGGUAAAAAAAAAAAAGAAAAGAGUUGAUUAAGACUGGAGACAUUCCUCUGACAUUGUCAACUGUAACGUUUCUUUUUUCAUUGUGGUGCCAUAACUCUAAGCCUAUGCGCCAACAUAAGUGCUUUUGUUGUUGAUGUUUUUAUAACUCGAGCUGAAGUUUUCUUGUGUUGCAUGUGAAAUGAUUUUUGGAAACUGAAGAAAAUAUAUUUUAUGAAA